GUUAUGUAACCUGCAGCUUCUCAGGUUUUAUCUCGGUUUCUUUUGGGAUGAUGAGGGUGUGACAGACGAUGGUGUUGUGCCAACAUCCUCGUUCUUGGAACACUCCGAUUCGGAUUAAAUAAGUUCACAUAACAAGGCAUCAGUUUACAGCAGAAAUGCAACCACACUUCUGCUCCAAAUGUCUCCGAACGACUGAGAUUGCCCUACUGAUCAGUGUGGGCUGAAAGAAGGACGGACUUUGAAGAUCAUAUCUAACUUACCGGUCUUCUGUAAGCGUUGCCGUGGUUACGCCAGAGAUCUCCCUCCUUCCAGCGCUUUGACCCCCCUCUUGUGACAUGUCCUCCGAGGGCGUUCCCAGCGAGGGGCCUCGGCCCGUGACCCCCCCACUGCCGUCUCCCAGAUCACCAACUUCUCCUGAGUCCCUGCGCCUCCCGGCCCACCGACACCGGGACCGCUCCCCCUCCCCCAUGAGAGGAUACCUUGUCCCCAGCCCCCUGCCCACGCGCAGGAACAGGACCACCUCCGCGACAGACCGUGCGGCCGAGGGUCCCGUCUUCACCGGCGUCUGUAAAUACUUCUGCCGCUCCAAAGGCCACGGUUUCAUCACGCCGUCGGACGGAGGCAGCGACAUCUUCGUCCACAUCUCAGACAUCGAGGGCGAGUACGUGCCGGUGGAAGGAGACGAGAUGAGCUACAAGGUCUGCUCCAUCCCUCCCAAGCUGCAGAAGGUGCAGGCGGUGGAGGUGACCAUCACUCACCUGAAGCCCGGGACCAAACACGAGACCUGGGCCGGCACCGUCGUCAGCAGCUGAGCCCGGCCGGCCGGCUGGCCGGGGGACGAGGCCGCACGGUGGUCGGGUCGGGCCACGUGAGGUUUAUGGGGUGGAGGGAAACCAUGUAACGCUAUCAGUAACUUCAGGGCGUCUUGGAUUUAUUAUCCGUGAUAUGAGGGAACAUCGUAACAUUUCAGAUUCACAUUCUAGGCUCGUGUUGACGUGUCCGUGGCUUCUCCUGCCUCCCGGGCAGCAAUUACCCGCUAAAACCGGUUGCUUUGAGUGGUUGCACUGAUCUAGAGCUGAUGUAAGGAGGCAAAACAAAGAGUUCAUCACAGAGAGACCCCGUUACUUUUCUUGGGUGGAGCUCUGUGAUGAACUCUGGAAGAACGUCUUUGCAACAGAAGCUGCAGUUAUUCCAGGAAAUAUUAGCGUGCACACCCUUUUUUUUAUUUUUUGGGAGAGUUUUACAUUAAUGACACGGUCAGCUCAAACUACCUGUGCUGCUCGGUAAGAAGGGACUGUGUUGAUCAUGUUGGGUUGCUUUAAAAAGGAAAUAAAGAAUUUUUGAGUGGUA